GAGAGAGAGAGAGAGAGAGAGGAGGCGCUGCUCAAAGCUUUAGUCUGAUCCUGAUAUCCGAGCGGAUCUUCCUUCUCGUGCGCGGGUGCGCGCGCCCGUGUGUGUGUGUGUGCGCGUGUGCAUGCUGUGUGUGUAUGUGUGUGUGUGUGUGUAUGGAUUAAGGCACCUAAAUUAGUAAAACCCAGCUUUAACACCUCUCCUGCUGUCUUACAUCUUUUCUGUUUCGGAUACACACCGUGUCCCUGAGAAGGAGCUCCUGUCUAUCAUCUGCGCAUCUCCACACCUUCAUCAUCGUUCCUCAUGAUCAAGAGAUCAUGCUGGAGCAAUGAGAGACUCUGAAGCUUGGCUGAACUGACGGUUUCGUAUCACACACCUCAGAGAACAAGAAGUGAGUGAUAAGCCAAACAAGAAGAAGAAAAAGAAGCGAAAGUCUGGAAAGAGGUGUUUGGUCUGAACAGAAAAGGCUGGAUGCCAGCAUCUAUUGGUUCCGGGAGCUUCCAAGUACCUCAGACAUGGCCUCUAACUUCAAUGACAUCGUCAAGCAGGGCUACGUCCGGAUGCGGAGUAGGAAGCUGGGGAUCUACAGGCGCUGCUGGCUCGUGUUUAAGAAGUCCUCCAGUAAAGGGCCACGCCGGUUGGAGAAGUAUCCAGAUGAGAAGUCUGCAUACAUCAGAGCCUGUCCGAAGGUGACUGAGAUCAGUAACGUUAAAAAUGUGACGCGACUGCCUCGUGACACCAAGCGCCAGGCUGUAGCCAUCGUUUUUACUGAUGACACGUCUCGCACGUUUACUUGCGAGUCAGAGCUAGAAGCUGAGGAAUGGUUUAAGACGUUAUCCAUCGAGUGUUUGGGUAUGCGGCUAAACGACAUCAGUUUAGGAGAACCAGACCUUCUGGCAGCUGGAGUUCAGUGUGAGCACACCGAACGCUUUAACGUGUUCUUGUUGCCGUGUCCAAACCUGGAUAUCUACGGAGAGUGCAUGAUGCAGAUCACCCACGAGAACAUCUACUUAUGGGACAUCCAUAAUCCUCGCACAAAACUGGUUACGUGGCCACUCUGCUCACUGCGCCGCUACGGCCGGGAUGCAACCCGCUUCACCUUUGAGGCUGGAAGAAUGUGUGAUAGUGGAGAGGGACUGUACACGUUCCAGACCCGAGAAGGUGAACACAUUUACCAAAGGGUUCACUCUUCCACACUGGCUAUUGCCGAGCAGCACAAGAAGGUCCUCAUGGAGAUGGAGAAGAACAGCAGGCUGUUAUCUAAAGGCUCAGGGCCAGACUCAUACCCCUGCACACCUACGGCCAUCCUGCCCCGCAGUGCCUUCUGGCACCACAUCACAGGCUCGCAGGGGGCAAUGGAUACGAGUAACGGUGAGAUGUUCACAGAGUCUCAGUCAGGAGCCGAAUCAGACCUGUUCUCCACAGAGCACCACAAACAUCCAACACACUUCUCCACUUAACCCAGCCUACGAGGAAUUUACGGACUCAGCAUCAGGUUUUAGGACUGAACUUUCCUCCAAACUGUCUUCUGCUCUCUUCACGGUUGCUUUCCCUGCAUCAGGGGCAGGCCUGCGAUGCCCCGAUGCUCAAGUCACUCCUGCUAGCUGGAGACACAUCCUGAGAGGGAAUGCACUGUGAAACCGGCACUUCAGAACAUUUGGAUCGGAUCAUUGAUUUUCUUUGCAGAACAAUAUCGGUGCACGUCUAUAGCAUUUUGUCGCCUCUUUAGUAAAGGGGGUGGGGCUUUAGGGUUAGAACACCAACGUAUCUCUUUCUGUAACAUGCACAAUGAUCGGUAUCUCUGUCUUUGUCAGUGUGAUGUUGGUGCAUGUCCUCUUUAACUGUGGAACAGUUUUGAGAUGUUAGCAGGGCUGCGUUUAGCGUAGAUCACUUUGUUUACUGCUGAGGAUGUGUAGAACAACAUACAGAACUAGAGUAGGCGUCCAUUUGAACUGUAAAAUGGCUUGUGAGAUUUGCCCGAGAUAUAAUCUGAUUAAGGUGGCAGAAGUUCACUUGAAAAAAGGGGGUUCUUGGGACACUUGAGGAACUCUGGAACACCCCAUUUGUCCUUCACUCAUUCUUUUGUUUUUCUUUCUAAUUACUAUAAAAUUAAUUCUUGCCUUCCAAUCAACCGUAGAAUGCGAUCUGUCAAACAACCUUCUGAAGGUCACAGUUGGAAGAUUAGAUAAAAUCAUUGAUACAGAACUUGUUGUAUAGGGAGGUGUAAAGUUACAAGAUAAAUUGAAUUUUUACAUAAAUCCAGCAAGCACAAUGUAAACAGUUUUUGGGAUGCACUUAAAAGGGAAAACUCCAUCCUGAACCACACCUUUCACACACAAAUAUUUAUUGAUAUAUUUGUUUAGUCUGUUUACUUUAUUUAAUGCUAUCCUACCUACUAGGCUGCUCAACCACAUGUUUAUAGCAGUGCAAUGGGAGACCUAAAUGUAGUGAUGCUUUAUUCCUUUAAUCUGUCCAACACCAUCACCACCGCUCAUCCCUUUGUACAUUGUUAAAUAACCAUGUCCUGUCUUUGUGUCAUAUAGCUUAGCUUUGUUGCAUUUAGGUACUUUGAGUCCAGUGUUGCUUUGACGUCUCCACUACAUUUACAAUUAAAUUUUAAAUUAAUGUAGCGUUAAAACAUAAAAAACUGGGUCAAAAGCUCAGGAGCUUACAUUGAAUGAUUUAUAUUUUAGAUUAUUGUGAUAUUUUUUUACCUGUAAUACUCCAUUGUAACAGCACAAGCAAUAGCAAUAAUGCUAAUAAUAACUACACUUCCUGUGACAUCAGAAUGGCACACAACUGCUAACAAUGCAUCACCAACCAAAACAUUAGCACCGCAAUCACUCAACACACCACACAUUUUUCAUUGUAAACACAUUUCAUGUGUUCCAGGGUGAAAUGUAACUUUAAAUGUCAUGUAAAAUGCCAAAACUCACAGUUUUGGAAGCAUCACUUUAGUGAGUUUAAACAUACAUUCUACAUAAUGACCACUUUAUUACGAAUACUUGAACAUCUAAUCUUUUAUGCAGUUAUCAGCCAAUCAUGUGGCAACAGUGUAAAGUUUAAGAUAUGAACCAGCAGAUUUGAGCUGGUUCACAAUGACCAUCAGAAUAUGCAUUUUGAAUGUGGCGGCCUGGUUUGAUUAUAUCUAUAACCACGGAUCUCAUUGGAUGCAGCAGAGUUUACUCAGAUUGAUGCAAUAAAGAAAAAAACAUCCAGUUAGCAGCUGUUCUUUAGAUAGACGAUCAAUACAUUUUUGAUUAAAGAGAUUAAUGGAGAAUGACCAGAAUGGUUUAAGAUGACAGAAAGGCUACAAUAACAGAUAACCAUUCUAUACAAUUGUGGUGAGCAGUAAAGCAUAUCAGAAUGCCCAUUAAAAAUUAAGUUGUCUUGCUAGCAACAGCAGAAGACAACAAUAAGUUCCUACUCUAUCGGCCAAAAGGAGAAAGCCGAAGCAGCAUUGGACACACAUUUACCAACAUUGUAGAAGCAUUAGUCCAAUGAAUCUGAAUAUCUGCUGAGACACACAGAUGGUCAGGUCAGAAUUUAGUAGCAACAGAACUGAAUAAAUCUUUUGACUUAAAUUACCUUGUGUUAACAGCUUAGGUUUGUGAAGGUGGUGUAUUGGUGUGGGGUUUCUGGAACAUUUUAAACCAAUUAACACCAAUCGAUCACGGCUUGAAUCAUGGUCAUAGUCUAUUAAAGUUUUUUUGUUUACCAUGUUUAUCAUGUACUAUGUACCACUGCCACAAUUUACCAUCUUAUAAUGGCUUUUAGCACCAUAUUGCACUAUAUUCAAAAAGAAAAAAAUGCACCUGACAAAAUUGCAGAAGUGGCAUGUUUUCUCAACAUGGAGCAGAUUAUCGAAGCAAUGUUCCCAAAAUCAUGUGGAAUCCCAUUAACUCCAUGAACUACCAAGUAUUACUAUACUGUUCCUAAUACAGUCUAAAGUAUAUUUGAUGAUUUUAAUAUUGAAUAGUUUAUUUAGAUUUUCUUCCAUCAAAAGUCCAUGACUGAUGCUAAUUUUUAGUCCAACACAUCAUGUCUUUUUCAAUCCAUUUCGUCCAUUUAAAUUUCACACAUGACUUUUGACCUAACUAACAUUUACAGACUUGCAUUUUUCCAGGUGGGGUUUGGGUUCUCUUUUUUUUUGGCAGCACUGGGAAGUUUGUGCUGUUCAUGUUCCGAAUAUGUGUGGAACAGCCUUAUGUCUAAAUGUUUAAGUGCUUAUUUAAUGCUGGAGUCCAUAAACAUGCAUGCAAACACACUCACACACACACACACACACGUACACACACAAACACAAGACAUAUACACAUGCACAUAAUGUAUAUUAUUUAAGUAAAACAUAAAAGGGCUAAAUUCAGAUGGUUUUUUUUCAGACCUCUGUGUGUGUGUGUGUGUGUGUGUGUGUGUGUGUGUGUGUGUGUGUGUGUGUGUGUGUGUGUGUGUGUGUGUAACUGUCUUUGUCACUCCACAAAGCACAUGUAUAUAAAACUAUUUAUUUCAGAUUGAGUGAUUACUGUAUGUCAGUCAGCAAAAUGAGGAUGACGCUGUUUUGUUUGUUUGUACGUCUGGUAUAAUGACAAUAAAAGCCAGAAGAUGGA